UAGGGGAAAAAGAGUGUCAAUCCCCUGACUUAUUGCCGGCAUCAGCUUCUUUGAAGUAGGAGGGGUUUUUGUAUGAUGUUAUCACGUCAGGUGUUUCGCUGCCUAACAGAUGCAUUGCUCCUCGAGGGCACUUUAUGCUCUACAGCUGCAGUGAAAAGCAAGACAUUUGCAACCCGCUGCUUGCACAGUAGCAGUCGCCCAAUCAAGUCAAGCUCACCUAACAACCAUGUACCUAUUGUAUGCACGUCUGUCCAGAGACGAUGCGCUUCCUCGUCGUCAAAGAGGUGGCAGACUCGUCAAGGGCGGGACAAAUUUGCCAAAGAAGCCAAAGUGCAGGGUCUGAAGAGCCGUGCUGCAUUCAAGCUUCUGGAGAUGAAUGAGAAAUAUAAGAUAUUUAAAAAAGGGCAAACUGUUGUCGAUCUGGGCUACGCUCCAGGAUCAUGGUCACAAGUCGCAGUCGACCGCACCGCUCCUAAUGGCCGAAUUAUCGGUAUCGACAUCAUCCCCGCGCAACCUCCCCGAGGCGUUUCAACGAUCCAAGGCAACUUUUUAUCGCCCCAGGUCCAGGCCGAGGUCAAGCACUUCCUACUCGACCCUGACCGCGGCCGGCCUCGACAACAAAGUAUUUUUUCGACAUCUUCAUCUUCAUCUUCUUCACCGACACCGCCCAACCCGUCGAGUGAUCUUGACAGCCCGGCAGCAAGCUCAACCAACGCUCCUUCACCGAACUCUGAAGACGGGACACCAACUACAACUCCAACCCCGACGGGCCCAUUGCUUACUGAAGAAGAACUUGCCGAGCGAGAGAGAGGAUAUAUUGAUUUCGAGAGACACGUUGAUCUCAAAGAGCGCAUGCUCGAUACGGUUAACCUCAGCGCCACGGAAUCGGAAACAACCGCCCAGGCGGGUGAAGCAAGCAACAAAACACCGAGCCGAGAAACCAAACAGGCCCGUCGAGCCCGCGACGAGGCCGCAGGAAGAAUGGUAGAUGUAGUUCUUAGCGACAUGUCCGCGCCCUGGGCCCAGACCACUGGAUUUAGUAAGAGGAGUUUGAGUGACCCUUAUUUUAGGAUGAUGAACACGAGCGGCAUCGCCUUUCGAGAUCAUGCCGGUAGUAUGGACCUCUGUUCAGCCGCUCUCCAAUUCUGCUACGAUACACUGCGCAUUGGCGGACACUUUGUGUGCAAAUUCUAUCAAGGCGCCGAGGACAAGGCGAUGGAGAAGCGACUCAAAAAGUUAUUCGCGUCAGUACAUAGAGAUAAACCAGAUUCAUCUAGAAGCGAAUCGAAAGAAGCGUACUUUGUCGCGUUACGAAGAAAGGAUGGGGUCAAAAGAGAAGAUGUGGCCUCAGACGCAUAGUAUAUAGCCUGCCUAUGUCUAAGUAGACCAAAUUUUCAGGUGUAGUUUUUCUCGGCCUUAGUUGGAUGUUACGUGUAUAUACUUAUCAAAUCAAAUCAAAUCACGGAU